AUGGCAGAGUGCAGACUGUUUGAGCGUGCUCUGGCCCGCCUGGCCCUGCCGCCCAGCCUCACACCCCUGCUGCCCCCGCUGCCCCAAGACCCAUCUGCAUCUCUCGCCGCGCUGGACGCGCGCGCCACGGCGGCCGACGGGGCGCGCGCGCGCGGCGCGCGCGCAGCGCAGCUGCUGGAAGGCAUGCAGGGGUGGCAGCGCGCCGAGGCGGCUGCUCAGCAGGCGCGGGCGGCGCUGGGGGCGCUGCGGGCGCGCACCAGGCUGCUCGGCUGCCUGUUGGACGGUCGGGAGCAGCUGCUGGCCUCGAUUUUGAAAUUGCAGCAGGAGCAGCAGCAGCAGCAGCAGCCGCGGGCGUCGAGAGGCCAGGGCGCGCGAGACGGGCCGCCAUCGCCGCUGCAGCUGCUGGUGGCCGCCAGCUCCCGCCUCCUGAGGCAGCACGAGGCCGCCUUGACGUCCGCCUGCGGGCUUCUGCAGCAGCAGGCGGAGUGCGCGCGCCACGCGCUCGUGUUCUUCUCCUGGGCGGGCAGCGCUCUCGGGGAGGACAGGCGGCAGCGAGCUGCGGCCGCACAGCAGUGCAGCUGCGGCGGUGGGGACGGCGACGGCGACUGCGCAGGCGCGUGGGCGGUCCCGCUGGGCGGCGGCGGCGGCAGCGGUGGAGGAACACGUGGCGCGCAAGAGGCUGCGGCGGGCCUCGGGUUCGCUACCGUCGCUGAGGUCGCGCCACUGAUCCGGCAGCUGCCUCGAGCGACGGACGCGCCCGCCCUGGCGUGCCGUGUGCUGGCGCGGGUAACGUCAGAGCUGGAGCAAGCGGCGAACGCGGCGGGCCUGGACGCCUGCGGCGGCGGUGGCGGCGACGGUGUUGGUGGAGACACGGAUGUCAGUGGCUUGCAGCUGGAGGGGGCGCUGCCAGAGUGCCUGCAGCCGUUUGCCGAGGCGGCCGCCGCAGCCCUGAAUCAGGCCCUGCCACAAGACGUGUCUGACCGGCUCGGGCCCGCCGCGCAGCAGCAGCAGCAGCAGCAGCAGCAGCAGCAGCAGCAGCAGCAGCAGCAGCAGCAACAGCAGCAGCAGCUAGGGGAAUAUCUGGAGGCCGCCAGUCCUGCAGCCUUCGGUUCGGCAGAGCUGCUCGCCUGGCACAGGCUGCUGGUGGAUCACAGCCCCCCAGCCCCUGGGGAGGCCGCCGCGGAGGGAGGCACGAGCAACCCCCCGGCCGCGGCGACGAGUGCCGCUGAGCUGGCGCGCCUGAGGGCCGUCGCGCUGGCGGCGGCCAAGCAGCUCGCGCGGGCACGCGCCUCGAACAAGCAGCGGUUGGCGGCGUCGGCGGGGCGGCUGUUUGGCGGCGGUGGGAGCGGCGGCAGCGGCGGCGGCGGCGGCGGAGGCGGGAGCGCUGCGGGCGGUGGCGGGGGCGAGGGGCAGGCGGCAGCGUGCGGUGGCUGCACACUAAUAGGCGGGCUGUGA